CACUGUCUGGCAACACUGUUUUGGAAACACGCGAAAGCAAGUAACUAGCGUGGAAUUAAUUCUUUUUUUUUUUUAAUAAAUAAACAAAUUGUAUUGAGAAACAAAAAAGUAAACAAUUUGUAACAACCCAAUCGGUGACCGACUACAAAGUACCUUAUAACCCAAAAAGGAAUUUGCAACUAGCGAAAAACAACAACAACAGACAAACCGACACAAGCUGUAGCAUGGCUGGCGUAAUAUUUGAAGAUAUAUUCAAUGUUAAGGACAUGGAUCCCGAGGGCAAGAAGUUCGAUCGUGUUUCCCGCCUACACUGUGAAUCAGAAUCCUUCAAAAUGGAUCUCAUUCUGGACAUUAAUUCAUGGCUGUAUCCCAUGGAAUUGGGUGACAAAUUCCGCCUUGUGCUGGCCACAACACUGCGCGAAGACGGUUGCCCCGACAGUGGUGAAUACAAUCCCAUGGAGCAUGAGGGCACAAGGGCGGACAGUUUUGAGUAUGUUAUGUAUGGCAAAAUCUAUCGCAUCGAAGGCGAUGAGGCGCACAAUGAGUCUUCCCGCCUAUCGGCAUAUGUGUCCUUUGGUGGCCUGCUAAUGCGACUGCAAGGAGAUGCCAAUAAUUUGCACGGUUUCGAGGUGGAUCAGCAUAUAUAUCUGUUGAUGAAAAGGCUGGCGUUUUGAUUUCUUCUAUCUAUUUUUGAUAUAAACAAUUUAAGACUUUAAACAAACAACGGAUAUUUAUUUACAACAAAUCAUUGUUUAACAAAAAUUCUGGCUAAAGAAUUGUAUUAAUGAUUGAGUCUACGCCU